AUGAACCCCGACCUCAUGACGGUGCUGAGCAUGCGCCAGAAGGAGAUGUGCUACCACCGCCUCGCGCUCGACGGCCGCUCGGCCGCAGCGCCGCGGAAGGCGCUGUCGUCGCCGCUGGGGGCGGACCGUCACCUGCCCCUCCCGCUCCGUCUCGAGGCCCCGACCUACGAGCACUUUGGCUUUACGUGGCGCUGGAUCGUCGACACGACGGCGCACUUUGCGCUGCAGCGGCAGACGGCGCACUUUGCCAACCAGUACGCGCAAGUGCUGCUGCGCCGUCGGGCGGCAGCGCUGCAGGAGAUGGCGGCCGCCACGUGGCGCAGCGACGUGCAGCACGUGCAGAAGCAGCUGCGCGUGUUGGGCCUCGUCUGCGUCUUUAUGGCGGCCAAGAUUGAAGAAGUGCACCCGCCAAAGGCAGCAGAGCUCGUGGCGUUUCUUGCCGAACGGGGGGAGACGCAGCUGGCGGCACAGGACCUCGCGCGCUUUGAAGUCGAGUACAUUGGGGAGCUGCAGUGGAAUCUGCAUCCCACGACACCGUAUGCGUGGCUGCUGUUUAUGGUAGCUGGUGGCUCGGCUGACCAGCGCCCUUUGGACACCAUGGGCGACUUUGUCGAUCCUGCACGCAAUCUAUCGGGCACAAAAGAGCUGUUUGUGAACGCGAUUCGUCUGGUGGACAUUGCGCUGCUUGACUACCAGGCGAUCGAGUACUGGCCCAGUGUGCUGGCUGGCGCGGCAGUGCUGCUUGUGGACCCAGCGCUGGACUUUAUGUUUGUCGCGCAGUUUUUGCAGCUCGACCCGAACGUGCUGUGGGAGUGCAAGUCGUGGCUGUAUGUGCUUGCCUACGGUGUGUGCGACCUGGAGGCUGUGAGCACGCAGGCCAAGGACCGCUGGGUCAAAGUGCCGACGGAGGAGCUGCUGUUCAUCCAGUCCCAGGUUGUGGUGCCUAGUCACCUGGCGUGUGGCCUGUUGCGCCCGAACAAUGUGGCUGAUCUGUACCCCACUGGCAUGCACACUCCGCUCGUAAAGGGCUAUGGACUGGAGACAUGUCCAUCACCGUGCUCCCCCAGCAACAAUUAUGCGGUGGUAGCACCGCCGCCAACGUGCCUGUGCAGCGGCACUUACCAUACGUGCGGUGGGGAAGAAACGCCGGGUCCACAUGUGUACCACUUUAAGUAUGGCUGGCAAGGCUUUGAAGCGGGCCUUUUGGCUGAGCCUAACUUUGGCGGGAACCAACAAGAGCCGCACAUACAGCACCCGACAACGACUACGAAGAACUUGAGCGAACGAUGA